CCUCCUCUUCUCUUACGAACUGUUUUGCAAUUAGUGGGCAGAAUCAUAUCUCGAAGAGGCGGGUUCUGUUGCUGGUCACGGGAAAGUGGGGUUCCAUCAGCUGGAAAUUCCACUGUUUCGCUUUUCUGGAGCCAGUGGCAGACAUUGGAGUGGUUCCCAAGAGACCCUGGUACUGUCUGGCUUCUGUCACUCCCUUCCACCCACAAGGAACAUGAAAGUCUACGCAAGCAUCUGUGCAAUGGUGCUCCUGUUUCAUCUUGCUGUGUGCGCCCAUGUUACUGGUCCUCCAGAGAGCACUGACCCCCCAACUCACUGCUGCUUCAGAUAUUCGUCAAAGCCAAUCCCACUCAGAUUACUGGUAGACUACUACAGAACCAGUGAAAGGUGUUCUUCCCCAGCCAUUGUGUUUAUUACCAGGAAAGGCCGGGAGAUUUGUGCCAACCCCGCACAGAGAUGGGUCCAAGACUACAUCAGUCGCUUGGAGCAGAACUGACCAGAGCAGUGAUGGAGCCACUUCCAGUGAGGCCAAAGGCUCGUGCACGG